CCUGACGCGGUGGGAGGCCAGCACCAGGAUGGAUUUCGGUUCCCUGGAGACGGUGGUGGCCAACUCGGCCUUCAUUGCCGCCCGGGGCAGCUUCGACGGGAGCAGUGGCCCAUCUUCUCGGGACAGGAAGUACCUGGCCAAGCUCAGGUUGCCCCCACUGUCCAAGUGUGAGGGCCUCCGUGAGAGCCUGGACCUGGCGUUUCCGAGUGUGUGCUCAGAGCAGCCCAUCGGCAAGCGGCUCUUCCAGCAGUUCCUGGGGGCUGACGAGAGGCACGUGCCGGCUCUGGAGCUCUGGAAGGACAUCGAAGACUAUGACACGGCAGAUGAUGACCUCCGGCCACAGAAAGCCCGGGCCAUCCUGGCCGAGUACCUGGAACCCCAGGCCAAGCUCUUCUGCAGCUUCCUGGAUGAGGGGACGGUGGCGAAGGCCCGGGAGGGGCCUGUGGCGAGAGGGGAUGGGCUCUUCCAGCCCCUGCUGCAGGCCACCCUCGCGCACCUGAGCCAGGCACCCUUCCAGGAGUACCUGGGCAGUCUGUACUUCCAGAGGUUCCUGCAGUGGAAGUGGCUGGAGGCCCAGCCGACGGGUGAGGACUGGUUCCUGGACUUCAGGGUCCUGGGGAAAGGUGGCUUCGGGGAGGUGUCCGCCUGCCAGAUGAAGGCCACCGGCAAGCUGUAUGCGUGCAAGAAGCUCAACAAGAAGAGACUCAAGAAAAGGAAGGGGUACCAGGGUGCUAUGGUAGAGAAGAAGAUUCUAGCAAAGGUACACAGCAGGUUUAUAGUCUCUCUGGCCUAUGCAUUUGAAACCAAAACUGACCUCUGUCUGGUGAUGACUAUCAUGAAUGGAGGCGACAUAAGGUACCACAUCUACAAUGUGAAUGAGCAGAACCCUGGCUUCCAGGAGCCCCGCGCUGUCUUCUACACAGCCCAGAUCGUCAGCGGCCUGGAGCACCUGCAUCAGAGGGGCAUUGUCUACCGAGACCUCAAGCCUGAGAACGUACUUCUAGACGAUGACGGCAAUAUCCGAAUUUCUGACCUUGGGCUGGCUGUGGAGCUGAAGGACGGGCAGACCAAGACCAAGGGCUAUGCGGGCACCCCAGGUUUCAUGGCCCCCGAGCUGUUGCGGGGCGAGGAGUACGACUUCUCUGUGGACUACUUCGCCCUGGGCGUCACGCUGUAUGAGAUGAUCGCAGCCAGAGGGCCCUUCCGUGCCCGAGGAGAGAAGGUGGAGAACAAGGAGCUCAAGCAGAGGAUCCUCUCUGAGGCGGUCAAGUACUCGGACCAGUUCAGCCAGGCCAGCAAGGACUUCUGCGAGGCGCUGCUGGAGAAGGACCCUGAGAAGCGCCUGGGGUUCAGAGACGGGACAUGUGAUGGGCUCCGCGCCAACCCCCUCUUCAAAGAUAUUAACUGGAGACAGCUCGAGGCUGGGAUGCUGACGCCUCCCUUUGUCCCGGACUCCAGGACGGUCUAUGCCAAGAACAUCCAGGACGUGGGCACCUUCUCCACCAUCAAGGGCGUGACCUUCGACAAAGCCGAUGCGGAGUUCUUCCAGGAAUUCGCGACUGGCAAUUGCCCCAUUCCCUGGCAGGAGGAGAUGAUCGAGACGGGCGUGUUCGCAGAGCUGAAUGUGUGGCGCUCUGAUGGGCAGAUGCCCGAUGACAUGAAGGGGGUUGCUGUGGAGGAGGCAGCCCCGGCAUCCAAGUCAGGGAUGUGUCUGGUUUCCUAAGUG